GAGAAAAGAACAGGAAGGCAUUUUCUCCAUCUUCCAACUCUUCCCUCAACUGAACUUCGGGUCCUUCUUUUAUAUCGGGACUCAGGUGUCUACUGGUGAGGCCAAGGACCUCGGAAUCUCAAUCUUGUAUUUGCUUGCUGCAUAUUCUCUGAAUCUCUUGGACUUUGAAUAGCGAGGUUUUAGUCUUCAAGGAAGACUGUGAAGUUCUCUGAAAGCUUGCUCAAAAAAUGCAGCAUGAUGAGGUUAUAUGGCAAGUUAUCAGGCACAACCACUGCAGUUUCAUGGCCAAAAUCACGACGGGGAAUUUCUGUAGAAACCCGUAUAAUGUGACAGGAAUUUGCAACAGAAGCUCGUGCCCUUUGGCCAAUAGUCGCUAUGCCACUAUUAGAGACGAUAAUGGAGUAUUCUACCUUUACAUGAAAACUAUAGAAAGAGCUCAUAUGCCGAACAAUCUUUGGGAAAGAGUGAAGCUUCCUAGGAAUUACGAAAAAGCACUCGAAAUCAUUGACAAGCAUCUGAUGUAUUGGCCGAAGUUUCUUGUACACAAAGCAAAGCAGCGAUUGACCAAAAUGACCCAGAUGCGGAUACGCAUGAGGAAACUUAGUUUGAAAACAAGGGAAAAAAUAAUGACGACCCCAAGGAAAGAAAAAAAGAGAGAAGCUAGAAGAGAAGAGAAGGCUGAAAAGGCAGCAUUGCUAGACAAGGCUAUUGAAAAUGAGCUUUUGGAACGCCUUCAUAAAGGAGUUUAUGGACCUGGUGACAUAGUCAAUUAUCCUCUAAAAGAGUACAAUAGUGUCCUUGAUAUGGAGAAGCUUCAACUAGCUGAAGUGGAAGACGAAGAAGAACCUGAGGUUGAAUAUGUAGAAGGUUAUGAUGAGCUCGAAGAGGAAGAUGAUAUGGAGGAUUUUGCUGGCUUCGGGACUCAUGAGGCUCCAGAUGAUUGUGAUGAUGAUGAAAAUGCGGAAACUGACGAGGAAGAAGGUCAUGUAGUUGUUCACAAGAAGUCAGCAAAGAAUAGACGACCCGAGAACAAUGCACUUGACAAAAAAUCAAAGAAAGCAAGAGUCCUUGUUGAGGUUGAGGGGGAAGAUGGUGCUGAAAGACAAAGGGCUGUUCAAUAGUUGCCAUUCCAUCUUAAGCAUUCUCUAUUUGCUUUGUGGGUUGGGAGAAAACUGCUGUGGUAGAAUAGGAACUGUGAUGGCUGAUGAGUCUUUGACCCACAAGAAAAUUUUGAUUGAAGAAAUUUUGAAUUUGAUACCAACAUGCUACAGUAGAAUAGGAACUGUGAUGGUUGAGAAAGCAGCUAUAGUUUUGUUUAUAAUAUUUACGGCAAAUGUCAAAUUUUAUGACGUUUAAAAUUAUAAAACUAAUCAGAUUUAUAUUAUGGAAAAAAAGUUAAAAAAAAUUAUGCAUUA